UGUGAAACAGACUCUUCUUUCUGAAAUGGUAUGAGUGAGUUUACUGUGUCUUACUUAAACUGCAGCAGGUCCAGACCUGUUUUUCUACAAGACCUGGGUUCUAGGGCUUUGGCUACUUCUGCUUCUGCUCCAGUAGUGCCGCCUCCUGGUCAGAGCAAGGAGGGGAGACAGGUCUGACAAAUGCUAACCCCACUUAGGGAGGUAAGCACUUCAAGAGUAUAUAAAGUGUCUCUUCCACGUGCCUUAGAAACUAACCCUUCCUCUCACUGUUUUGGUCUUGAAACCCAGCUUCUGACUACGGUAUGAAGCUGCCCAUCUUGCGGUCCAAUGCGGAAGAUCAGAUUCUGUACCAGACUGAGCGUUACAAUGAGGAAACCUUUGGCUAUGAAGUUCCCAUCAAAGAGGAGGGUGACUAUGUGCUGGUGUUGAAGUUUGCAGAGGUCUAUUUUGCCCAGUCUCAACAGAAGGUAUUUGAUGUUCGCUUGAAUGGCCACGUGGUGGUGAAGGACUUGGACAUUUUUGACAGAGUUGGACACAGCACAGCUCACGAUGAGAUCAUUCCCAUGAGUAUCAAAAAGGGGAAACUAAGUGUCCAGGGAGAGGUUUCCACGUUCACGGGGAAGCUCCACAUUGAGUUUGUAAAGGGCUACUAUGACAAUCCAAAAAUCUGUGCCCUAUACAUCCUGCAAGGAACAGUGGAAGAUGUUCCAAAGCUGCAGCCACACCCAGGUCUGGAGAAAAAAGAGGAAGAUGAUGAUGAAGAUGAAUAUGAUGAUGGCUCCAGUGUUAAAAAACAGGCAAAUAAGAACCGGGUUCAGUCAGGCCCACGCACACCAAACCCCUAUGCCUCGGACAACAGCAGCCUUAUGUUUCCUAUAUUGGUGGCCUUUGGUGUCUUCAUUCCUACCCUCUUCUGCCUCUGCCGAUUGUGAGAGCAAGCCCCACAGAGCAUCAGCCAAGGGGCUGGGAGGGAAGGAGUUGGACCAAACACGGUUGCUUUCAAUUUCUCCAUAUUGUUCAUAAUUUAAGGAAAAAAAAAAAAAAUUCAUUUGGAAUGAAUAGCAGGUCCAGGUAAGAGGGAGCUUACCUUCCCCCUGCCAGCAAGCAGUGAGGCCCUCGCCUUCCCCUUCACACCAUGUGCAGCCUCUGAUUCUCCCUGGAGCAUCCAAGAGUAAACUGAGUCCUGGCUGUUGAAAGCUGAUGCUACCAGUCCUGGGCCACGUCCGACACUGAGAGAAAGUCAUGUGCUGCAAGAUCUCUGCCUUUGCUGGGUGGAAUAUGGUUCCUUAGCAGGGAAGCAGCCCUUAAAACCAGGCCUGGGUACACGUUUUGUCCGGAAGUGUGGAAGUUUUGUGGUGCCAUUGGGUGACUAACAACUGUGGAGGACGGAGCCUGGCUCAGCAUCUCCCCAGAUGUGUGCAACAGGAUGUAUGGUACUCACCUGCACAAAGAUACCAAGACUCCAGCUAGCUGCUCAGCCUCUGUGGAGACAUUCCCCUGCUAAGACUGCAAGCUGCGCCAGGAGCAGAGGGAUUUAUCUGGCCUGAUUUGCUGCACCAGUUGGGAGAGACUUUCCUAGUUUGGCAAUUGUAAUGUUAGAUCUGUCGCAGAGGGAUUCUGCUGUAGCCUGCAAGAGGCUGACGUUAGCGUCUGAUCAGAUGCACUAGUUUUCUGUAUUGAUUAUGGCUUUUAUUUCCUUUAAUAUCCUUUUCUUUUCAAAGGUUUCAUUUUAAGCCCAGUUCCUUGUUUUGCCCUUUCUAGCAAGUGACCUCUCCUUUGGAAGAAGCUGAGAAUCAGGUGAUCUAGAGAGGAGGUUCUGGACUAAUUCCUUGACCUUCCUAACGGUUAGCUCCCUGCCCGGUGACUGUGAACAGGCUGUGCCGUAGGACAGAGUGAAGCAACCUUGCGGGUGCUCCCUGUGGGCUCUCGUUGCCUGUCGCAGGGACCAGGCCUGCCUGCAGCACUGGGAAGUGCAGUGCAGCUGGUCAGCGGCUUCACUUAGCUCGGCCUUUUGUGUAUCAGGGCACUGUAGUCAAGGGGCAGGUGUCCAGCAUUUCAGUACUGUAGAGCAAGGUGGCUUGUUGCCCUCCAGAGAUCUGGAAGUGAGCAGAACACUGGAGACAAGGUCACCCGCUUCCCCCGGGGAUAUUUCUGCAAGAGGUGUCUGUUUCCACAUGCAGAGCCUGUGUCUGCCUGACAGAAGCUGAGCAGAGCAGAAGCCCUCGCUGUGCCUGCUGAGCAGAGCUGCAGGCUCCAGGGAGCUGCCUUCCUGUGGCCUUGGCCUCUGACAUAUUGAGCACUUCGGGCUGGCAGGAGACGUGUGCUGGAGCAGGAUCUGUGCCAGGCAGGGUUGGGUCCUUGUGGGUCAGCUUCAAUGUUGGUGAGCUCUGGGCUCACAGACACUUUACCUCCUGCUAUCUCUGUUCUCAGAAGUGCUCUCUCUUUACCCUGAGCAGUGGCACUGGGUGGUAUCCUCCCUUGCUGCUCCUCCCUCCUGGGCCUGAGUUUUCCUAGUGGUUGUUCUGGAGUUUGAUCCCCUGCAGUGGCUCAGCCUUUCUUUGAGCUGAGGAGGGUCAGCAGAAUUCCUUAGUUUCCAGAAAGGAAACCAUAGGAGCAGCCUUUUUGGUCUGCUGGGCCCCAGCAGCUGAAUCCUUUGCUUCCUCCUAACCCUCAAGCUGUGAUGUGAGAUGCCAGCUCACUUGCUCCAGAACUGGAGCUGGGGGAGGUGUCAAAGCUCUGCUCUCUGCAGCAGUGGCACCGAACCUUGCCUUUCUGAUUGCAUACAUCGCUGCUAUAGGCCUGACCCUAGUUCUGUGUCUGAGCUGAAAAGCAAGUAGUAGGACCUCAAUUCCCUUCUCUCCAGUUGCACAAGUGGUAACAGCCAGUUUGGGAGAAGCAAGAGGGUCCCUGCCACAUUGAAGAAGACAGGAUUUAGAGAGAGCAGAUCUUAAGAACAAACUUUAGGAUGAGAAGGCGGUAAGCUUGAAGUUGUAUGCUUCAUCUUCUAGCUGCUGUUAAAAUCCUAGUACUUAGAAAACUCUUAUAAAAUAUGAGCUCUGUUUUGUUUGGUGACAGUGCCUGCAGAGAUUCUCCUGUGUUUUGGGGAUUGCUGUAACUGGAGCAAGGAGACAUUUAGAUCUUUAUCAGUUUUGAGAAGCAUGAACUGCGCUGAUUUGUUAAGCAAAGAACCUGGGCUUGAAAGCAGCAAGCUUCUCUGUAAGGAGCUGUUUUCCUCCAGGCCUUUUAGGUUGCAUUUUAUUUGAGCAUCCUUGAAGCAAGGAAUCACUCAGCUUCUUGUGGCUCACCCAGUAAUCUCUGCACCUUGCCUAGUAUGAGAAAAGGGGCGUGCAUUUAGGUGGGCAAAAGUCAGACAAGUCUUCUAGGAUAGUUUAUCCCUGCCUCUCCUGGCAACCAGGGCACCCAUUUGGUGCCAUCAGCCGCCCUAAAGCAAAGCUGUGCAGAGGGUGAUCUGUUGUGUUCCAGUUGCUCAGUUCAAAUUAAUUUUUCUUACUUGAAUAAGAGAGAAAUAGUACAUCCUUCAUGACUUCAAUUUAGUUGUUUUGGCUCUCGUUUUAUGCAUCUUUGACUACAAAGCUGGCAUCUGGAUGGUUGGGGAGUUCCUGAUCCUGUUAUGGUGCUAUGAGCAGUUUUCCUUGUUUGUUGGUCCAUCCCCUCCUGACAGGUUUGCCUUGGAAGGAGCCUUCAAACAAAGCAUGUAGGAACAUGGGAGGAUGGUGGGGGAUAACCAGUCAGCACUUCACUGGGAAUGGUAUGCUCAGGCUGGCUCCCCUUGCUGUCUCUGGCUAGCAUCUGCAGGCCAGCCAGAUGGGUAUAAUGAGGUACCUGGUCCUGACCAGGGAAAGAAAAAGUUUGGGUUGACUGUAGCUUUCCAGCACAGGUGUUAGAGGGAAUAUCCAAGACGUCGUUUAACUGAGACCAGUUAGAGGCAGGCCUGUUUGUGCUUUGUUGCCUCCUGCCAGCAGCAGGCAGAUGAAGCACAGUCCCUGUGCAGCAGUGUGGGGAGCUGGGUCAGAACAGACCCUGGCUUGAUUCGUGGAGCAGUUGUGUAGAUGGAGGCAGGUAAGGCAAUUUUAAUAAAGCUUUCACUUAAUAAAGGGGAAGGUGACACCUUCGGUCAUGUUUUGGGCCUGGAUCCAGCCGCAGGGUAGUGGUUCCAAAGCCUAUUUUAAUUACCCCCUCAUCAGCCCCUCUUGUACCUUUAAGCUAGGACAUUUUCCCCUUCUGUGUGUGUGACUAAAACAACAGCGCUCUGACCCUUUUGAGUAUCCCAGGUGGCAGUAAGCAGAAAGCCAAAUUAAUUCCCUUCUCUUUUUGGUGCCUUUGUCUCAGACUUUGAAUAAAAGUCUAUUUGAAGAAGCUUCUUUUUUUUUAAGGAGCUUCUGAGUUGUUUUUUCUUUUUCUCCAAGGGAUAGACAUUCCCUGCCCUCGUGAUCAGCUGGGGACUGUCUCACUGUCCCUGGAUGCCAGCUCCAGAGGUCGCAGCUGAAGCAGAGAACUGUGAGCAAGUAUCUUUGGUUCCAGCCCUUGAGGUCAAUGGAAAAAAAAACAAACUAGUAGGGGAUGGAAGAACUGGAAGAGCUCCUUCAGGUCUGGUCUUCCCCCCAGAAAUCUCCUGAAGGCAGGAUGGAGAACUUCCAGACAGUCUGGUGCCUGCGUGUCUGCAGUUCGGAGCUGAGUCAGUCACGGCUGGGUCCUGGUUGUCGUGUGGUGCUCACAGCUUCUGGGUGCAGUGUGGCUUGAGGGGUCCUGCCCCCCAAGCUCACUUGCUGAAGGCUUGCCCUGCAUUGUUUGGGUCUGAACAGGGAGCAGAGACCUGUGCUUUAUCCCUUGGCCUUCCUUUAAGUUGAAAUGGAAUUGCAACAGCCAGGGAAAUGUCUUGAUAUGGGAAGUAUGGUAUGAACAGGCCUGUCUUUGACAGAAAACAGCAGGAGGAGAGAGAGGACCAGCAGAGCAGCUUCAGCCCUUGAUGUGAGACAGGUUCCGAGCAGCUGCAAAGUACCAAGUGUUUCAGGCUCUGUUUGAUGCUUGAACGUGGGAGAGAUCAGUCUGCUUCUUGCACUUACUUGGUGGGGAGGGAAAUAUCCUUGCUGAGAAUCCAAGGGAAAUGGGAGCUGGGCCAGCACUGAGCUAAUUUACCUACUGACGCUUCUGCAUCUCCACAACAAAUGCCAAAGUCUAAUACAAUUCAAGGAUGCUUUUUUUUAAUGUCAGCCUGGUUCCACCAGUCUGUCUUCACUGGCUAGUCCCAAAUAGGCUCCAACAAGUAUUCUCAACAGCACAAACACACCACCAGGCUGGAGUUGUGAAGGCUCAGAAACAUGAUUACACGAAUAGGCCUCCUGUGCUGCACCCCUGCUUCACGCCCUACCCAGCGGGGCUGGGGCAUGUGUGUUUCACCUUGGAUCCAAACGGAUUUGUCCCAGGAGUAUAGUAGCAACUGCACUGAAAUGGUGCUGGGCUGGAUGGGAGAGGUGAAAGCAGGUCCAUGUCUUCCGGGGCUCUGGCUUGCUCAGAGUUUAUUGCUGUAUAUUAAAUACUAUUUUUGGAGAUUGGGGGGAAGAUGUGGGAGGGGGAGGGAUGUGGUGGCACUGUCCCCAGUCUGAUCAGUGGGAUGCUACUGCAGGCUAUUGAUAGUUUUUUUUUUUUUCCCAAAAAAGUGCUUUAUUUAAAAAAAAAAAAAAAUCAACAAAACAGAAGUGCUUUCCUCCCUCCUAGAAACAGUACUGGCUGAUUAGAAAAUGUGAAUCUUUUGCAGACACCAGAAGUCUCUGCUAAAGAGUUUGUGUGAUGGCGUUUUCAAGGCAAGGGGUGAAGUACAGCUUGAAUCCGUUUAACUGGGGAGAGUGUGAAUGGAGGAAACGCAGGGUCUCUGCCCUGGGGUUGUUCCCAGUCACCCAUAGUGGGGAUGUGUUUGCUUGGGCUACCAGGCUGUUCUGUCACACUAUAGCAACUCCUCAGCUAGGGCACUGCAGUGGAGCAGCGUCUGGAAACUUGCUGGCAAGUGGGGACUUGAAUAUUUUGUGGUUUCUACAAGGGCUUCAUGUAUUUGGGGCUUUCCCGCUUGAGAAGCAGCCAGGUUGGUAAAGCAGCCCCAGAGACUGUGAGAGCAGAGGCAGGGUUUGUGCUCUGUGCCAGGAAGCAGUAGCCAGGCCUGCGAGAUGCUGGGCAGGUGGCGUUGAUGUUUGGGUCCCGUUGUCGUAGCAGGUUGUAGCGUUGGCAGGUCAGCCCACUGCUCCAUAGUGCCCGGCUGUGUAAGCUGGGACGCGAGGAAGUGACCCGUGCCCUUGGCAUUAACGACGUGUCACAAACUACUUGAAGCUGCAGGUCUAGGUUGUCUGUAAAGGCUAAAGCAGUGUGGGGAGAGAUCUCCAUCUGUACUUGUCACCAGUACAAUGGGCUUUUAAGGAGGAUUUUUUUAUUUUACUGUCCAUUGCUUUGUGUUAUAACAACUUGCAGUGACAUUUUUUUUAGUUGAUUUUGCAGCAAGCUUGAGCCCUGGGUGAAAAGCACAGAUGUCUAUUUCUGAUUGCAUUGGCUUUGCAGGGACUAGUUUGGGGGAAAAGAUGGGUGUGGGGGUGGGUUAUUUUAUUUUUGGUACAUGGUAGCGGUUUUAUUUUUUAAUUUCCCCAGGAUGUUCGGUUGAGGGAAUGUUCUGAAAUCUACUGUCUGGCAGUUUUAACCAGCAGUGUGUUAAAGGAAAAUAAACAAAAUUAUAUUGUCA